UCAGUCUCAUUCCGGACACACAGACAAACAUGGCUCUUAAGCUCAUCGUCUUCUCGGCCCUGGCAUUGGCCUCGGCAUACGCCGGGAUUCUGCCCGUAGCAUUCGAGAGCCCGGUCGCCCCGCUGGCAAUACACACGAAAAUCGUGGACCCCAACCACGACCCGCACCCCCAGUACAGCUACUCGUACGACGUCCACGACGCGCACACGGGCGACAUCAAGAACCAGCAGGAAACGCGCGACGGCGACGUCGUCCAGGGCAGCUACUCGCUCGUCGAGGCCGACGGCACCAGGCGCACCGUCAACUACGUCGCCGAUCCUCUCAACGGCUUCAACGCCGUCGUCCACAAGGAACCGGCUCACGUCGCUUACCACGCCCAGCCUGCCAUCCUGACCCAUGCCGCCCUACCAACUACUUACAUCGACACGGGCGAUUACGUUCCAACUAAAUACGUCUAUCAGCAUUAAGUUGGCAACUCCAACUUUCGAUUAGUAGUGCCUCGUUAACGCGCCGCUCUUAUACAGUUUUAUCAUUAAUAAAAGCUAAUCGAGAUUGUAUAUCGCCGGCUUCUAGUCGCACGACACUGUUUAUUGUAUUUUAAACUCUCA